AUGAAGGGCUUCAGUCUGCGCGCCAAGUUCGACAGUGAAACGUGCAUCAAGAAGUACAUCGUGGCGGUCCAGAUGCAGUAUGACUGCACGGUUAAAUAUGCUCGGCACAAUGUUGCACGUGAGUGUGCAUCGACUUCGCUCAAGGCGUUCUACGAUGAUCAAGGAAUCGAGCAGCAGGUCACCGUUCCAUAUGCGCACUAG